UAUUGAAAAUGAGUAGUGUCCAAAUUUUCAAUCAAUCCAACAAUUGUAAGUUAGUGGAAGACCAUAAGACUUCUUCUUCUUCCUCCUUUGCAUACAAAUUUCUUUUUUUAAUACAAAUUCAAAACAAUAAAAAAACUAAGAAAAAAAACACUCAAACACUCUCAAAUGACAAUAUUAGCCACAUCUCAUAUCAAAUUUUCACUUUACUUUCACAUAGCCAUUUUUCUAAUUUUGAGCCAUGCAAAUUUUCAAUCUCAACAAGAACAUUUAAUCUUAUUAAAAUUCAAGUUUCACCUACAAAAUCCAUCUUUUCUUAGUCAUUGGAACUCAUCAAACACCUCUUAUUGUUCUUGGCCAAAAAUCACAUGCACCAAAGGUUCUAUCACAGGGUUGACUUUGGUCAACUCCAACAUAACUCAAACUAUACCUUCUUUCAUAUGUGACCUUAAAAACCUCACACAUGUUGAUUUCAGCAAGAAUUUCAUUCCUGGUGAGUUUCCAAAAUCUCUAUUUAAAUGUUCCAAGCUUGAGUAUCUUGAUUUAUCAAUGAAUAACUUUGUUGGCAAGAUUCCUUAUGAAAUUCAAAGUUUGGUUAAUUUGCAAUAUCUCAACCUUGGUUCAACCUAUUUUAGUGGUGAAAUUCCUUCUAGUAUUGGAAAUCUUAAGGAUUUAAGAUUCCUUUAUCUUCAAUAUUGUUCAUUUAAUGCUACUUUUCCGGCCGAAAUUGGUAACUUGUUCAACCUUGAAUUAUUGGAUAUGUCCUCUAAUUAUAUGCUACCUCCUUUGAAGCUUCCAUUGAGCAUAACCAAGUUGAAAAAAUUGAAAGUUUUUUACAUGUUUGGUUCAAAUUUAGUAGGGGAAAUUCCUGAGACUAUUGGUGAAAUGGUUGCAUUGGAAAAUUUGGAUUUAUCAAAAAAUAAUUUAAGUGGAAAAAUUCCUAGUGGUUUGUUCAUGCUAAAGAAUUUGAGCAUAGUGCACCUUUAUAGAAAUAGUCUCUUUGGAGAGAUACCAAGUGUGGUUGAAGCAUUGAAUUUGGUUGAACUUGAUGUAGCAGAGAAUAAUCUUACAGGAAAAAUACCAAAUGAUUUUGGAAAGUUGAUAAAGUUAACAUGGUUGAAUUUGUUCAUGAACAAGUUUUUAGGAGAGAUUCCACAAAGCAUAGGGCACCUUCCAUCUUUAAAAGGUUUUAGUAUCUUUAAGAACAAGUUUUCAGGUACAAUUCCUUCUGAUUUUGGACUUUACUCAAAGCUUGAAAUUUUUCAUUUAGCAAUGAACAAUUUUAAGGGAAGGUUACCUGAGAAUUUGUGUUAUCAUGGUAAGUUACAAAACCUAAGUGUUUAUGAAAAUCAUUUAAGUGGUGAAUUACCAAAGUCACUUGGAAAUUGUAGUAGUUUGGUUGAGGUGAAAAUUUACAAGAAUGAGUUUUAUGGUAAAAUUCCUAGUGGUCUUUUUUGGAGUAAAAAUUUGGUGUUUUUCAUGAUAAGCCAUAAUAAGUUUAUUGGUGAGAUUCCACAACAUUUGUCUUCAAAUGUUUCACUUUUUGAUAUAAGUUACAAUAAGUUUUAUGGUAGAAUUCCAAUUGGAGUAUCUUCUUGGACUAAUGUGAUUGAGUUUAAGGCUAGUAAGAACUUUCUUAAUGGAACUUUUCCUCAAGAGCUAACAAAUCUUCCUAAGCUUGACACAUUGUUGCUUGAUCAAAAUCAGCUUAAAGGGUCACUUCCAAAUGAUAUCAUAUCAUGGAAAUCAUUAGUGACACUAAAUUUGAGCCAAAACCAACUCAAAGGACAAAUUCCAAUAUCAAUUGGUCAUUUACCUUCACUUAGUGUUCUUGAUCUAUCAGAAAAUCGAUUCUCCGGCGAAAUACCGUCUAUACCUCCUAGAAUCACAAAUCUCAAUCUAUCAUCCAAUUUUUUGACAGGAAGAGUUCCUAGUGAAUUUGAAAACUCGGCUUUCGAUAGAAGCUUUUUGAACAAUUCUGGUUUAUGUGCUGAUACACCAAAACUUAGCCUUACCCUUUGCAAUUUUGGCCUUCAAAAAUCAACCAAAAGCUCACAGUGGUCUCUUGGUUUGAUUAUUAGCUUAAUUGUGGUGAUUUUCUUGUUGGUUUUGUUUGCAUCAUUCAUGAUUAUCAAACUUUACAAUAAAAGAAAACAAGCAUUGGAAAAUUCAUGGAAGUUCAUUUCAUUCCAAAGGCUAAGUUUCACAGAAUCAAACAUAGUUUCUUCAUUGACAGAACAAAAUAUCAUUGGAAGUGGUGGAUUCGGCACGGUAUACCGUGUUCCAGUCGACGGUUUAGCCUAUGUUGCUGUGAAAAAAAUCACUAGCAACAGAAAGUUAAGGCAAAAGCUCGUAGCUUCCUUUCGUGCAGAAGUUAAAAUACUUAGCAAUAUUCGACAUCGAAAUAUUGUGAAGUUGUUGUGUUGUAUCUAUAAUGAGGAUUCAAUGAUGCUUGUGUAUGAGUAUUUGGAACACCGCAGCCUAGACAAGUGGCUGCACAACAAGAAUGAGUCAUCAAAUAUGUCAGGUUCGGCGCAACAUGUUGUCCUUGAUUGGCCAAAGCGAUUGCGAAUAGCCAUUGGGAUUGCUCAUGGUUUGUGCUACAUGCACCAUGAUUGCUCGCCUCCGAUUGUUCACCGCGAUAUAAAAACAAGCAACAUUCUUUUGGAUUCUCAAUUCAAUGCAAAAGUUGCUGAUUUUGGUCUUGCUAGGAUGUUGAUAAAGGCAGGACAAUCUAACACCAUGUCAGCUGUGAUUGGAUCAUUUGGUUAUAUGGCUCCAGAAUAUGUUCAAACAACUAAAGUGAAUGAAAAGAUUGAUGUGUUCAGCUUUGGUGUUAUCUUAUUGGAACUAGCAACUGGUAAAGAAGCUACUUAUGGUGAUGAAUAUUCAUCACUUGUAGAAUGGUCAUGGAGGCAUGUUCAUGAAGGAAGCAAUAUAGAAGAGCUUCUUGACAAAGAUUUUGUGGAACAAAGUUAUUUGGAUGAAAUGUGUUGCAUUUUCAAACUUGGAAUAAUGUGUACUGCUACACUUCCUUCUAGUAGACCUUCCAUGAAAGAAGUGUUACAUAUAUUGCUAAGAAGUGAAGGAGGGAUUGUGUUUGGAGAGAGGAAUGUUAUUGUUGGGGAAUAUGAUGAUGCUCCUUUUCUUAAAAAUUCAAAAAAUAGGGAUAGUAGGUUAGAUUUUGUUGAUAGUGAUAGUGACUAAAAUGUCACAUUUGUUUGUCUAUCUCAUGUUUCAGUAAUUAAUAUAUGAGUUUGAUGUUGA